AGGAGGCACACAUGCACCUUACACCGCCGCGGCUCGUCGCCGCUACUGCAGCCGGUGCAGCUGAAGGAGACUCGCAGCUUUUUUUUUCUUUGCUCCCCCCCCAUCACACGGAGGCGGAAUGGCUUGAGAGCAGACAACACGGACUCGUCUCGAUCGGCUGAUGCACGAUGAUUCUCUGACUUGUCCUCCUGUCUGUGUGCGUCCGUCCGUCUUGCCGCGAAUUGCUGCAGUGCUGUUUUUCCAGGUGUUGUGGUGUGUGUGAGUGAGUGUGUGUGUGUGUGUUUGUGUGUGUGUGUGUGUGUGCGCGCGUGUGUGUGUGUGUGAGAGAGAGAGUGAGUGUGUGUAUGUGUGUGUGUGUUGCGCGUGUGUGUGUGCAUGGCGGUGUUGUAGCCUGGUGUAAUUCUCUUACGAAUUGGACUAAGCCGGGGAACGGAGUCUGAUGUCACAUGUGCUUCAUCGGAGGAGACGGGGCAUCUGCAAGCUGGAUUUUGUGGAGGAUGCUGCGGCAAGUGAUACACAGAGGGCUCAAGGCUUCGUUCUACUGGCUGGGCUUAUUCGUUAGCAGGCAUCCCGUUUUCUUCCUCACCGUCCCCGCGGUCCUCACCAUCAUUUUCGGAUCUACCGUGCUCAGCCGAUUCAAGCCGGAGACGGACCUGGAGGUGCUGGUCGCCCCUACUCACAGCCUCGCCAAAAUCGAGCGGAGUCUCGCCAACAGCCUGUUUCCCAUCGACCAGUCGAAGCACAAGCUGUACUCGGAUUUGCACACCCCGGGCAGAUAUGGCAGGCUGAUCCUGCUCGCCAAGUCCGGGGGGAACAUCCUGGAGCUGGCCGACCAGGUCCUGCAGGUCCACAAGCAGGUGUUGGAUUUGCGCGUCAAUUACAAGGGAUUCAAUUACACGUUCGCGCACCUCUGCGUCUUGAGCCACAGGGACAAGCGCUGCCUCUUGGAUGAUAUCAUCACCAUCUUCGAAGACAUCAGGCAGGCUGUGCUCUCUAACAGCACUUUCCAUAAGGUGCCCGUGAGCUAUCCAAACACAACACUAAAGGAUGGCCGUGUGUCCUUCAUUGGUCACCAGCUGGGCGGCGUGUCCUUCUCGCCCAACAGCCGCGACCAACAGGUCAAGUUCGCCCGCGCUGUCCAGAUCACCUACUACCUCCGCAACCAUGGACCUGUGGUGCAGGAUGCCAUCGCCGAGCGCUGGGAGAACGAGUUCUGCGCCCUGGUCAGCCGGCUGUCCACGGCCGAAGUGCCCCAUGCGACCGACCAGCUCCACAUCCAGUCGCUCACCUCCUUCGGCCUGUGGCGGGACUUCCACCAGACAGGCGUGCUGGCCAAGGGGGAGGUGCUGGUCAGCCUGGUACUGGUGCUCUUGGCCGCCACCAUCUCCAGCUCCAUGCGGGACUGCCUGAGGGGGAAGCCGUUCCUGGGCCUCCUGGGGGUGCUGACCAUCUGCAUCGCCAACGUGACUGCCGCAGGGAUCUUCUUUAUAUCGGACGGGAAGUUCAACUCUACGCUGCUGGGGAUCCCAUUCUUUGCCAUGGGCCAUGGAACUAAAGGUGUGUUUGAGCUGCUGGCAGGCUGGAGGAGAACAAGGGAAAACCUCCCUUUCAAGGAGCGUGUGGCGGAUGCUUUUGCUGACGUGAUGGUGUGCUACACCAUGACCAGCUCACUCUACAUUAUCACCUUUGGCAUGGGAGCUAGCCCUUUUACCAACAUCGAGUCUGUGAAAAUUUUCUGCCAGAGCAUGUGUGUUGCCAUCCUGGUCAACUACUUCUAUGUUUUCUCUUUCUACGGCUCUUGCCUGGUGUUUGCUGGACAGCUGGAGCAGAACCGCUACCACAGUGUUUUCUGUUGUAAAAUCCCCUCAGUGGAGUACCUGGACCGCCAGCCCACAUGGUUUAAAACCAUGAUGAGUGACGGCCAUGACUUGUCCACGCACCACGACAGUGUCCCCUACCAGAAUCACUUCAUCCAGCACUUCCUGCGCGAGCACUAUACAGAAUGGAUUACCAACACCUAUGUCAAACCCUUCGUAGUCAUUCUGUAUCUCAUCUACGCCUCAUUCUCAUUCAUGGGAUGUUUACAAAUCAGUGAUGGAUCAAAUAUUGUGAACUUGCUGGCUAGUAACUCUCCGAGUGUUUCAUACGCUCUGACCCAGCAGAAAUACUUCAGUAACUACAGUCCCGUGAUUGGGUUUUACAUUUACGAGCCCAUCGAAUACUGGAACUCCACGGUGCAGGAGCACCUGAAGACUCUGAGUCAUGGCUUCAACAAGAUCUCCUGGAUGGACAACUUUUUCCACUACCUGCGGGUGGUGAAUGUGAGUGCGUCAACAAAGAAUGACUUCAUCACCAUCCUCAAGGGCUCCUUCCUGCGUAGCCCGGAGUACCAGCACUUCACUGAGGACAUCAUAUUCUCCAAGAACCGUGAGACUGAUGAGUACGAUAUUAUUGCCUCACGGAUGUACUUGGUGGCACGGACGACAGAGAAGAAGCGCGAAGAAGUGGUGGAGCUUCUGGAAAAGCUUCGUCCGUUGAUGCUGAUCAACAGCAUCAAGUUCAUUGCCUUCAACCCUACGUUUGUGUUCUUGGACCGCUACAGCUCCUCUGUCAUCUCGCCCAUCCUGACCUCAGGAUUCAGCGUACUCACAAUCCUCAUCCUCACUUUCUUCCUGGUCAUCAACCCCUUGGGGAACUUCUGGCUCAUCCUUACUGUAACGUCCGUGGAGCUGGGCGUCUUGGGUUUGAUGACCCUCUGGAACGUUGGCAUGGACAGCAUCUCAAUCCUGUGCCUUAUUUAUACCCUCAACUUCGCCAUGGAUCACUGUGCACCACACCUGUACACUUUUGUGCUAGCCACCGAGCACACUAGGACGCAGUGUAUCAAGUUGGCACUGGAGGAGCACGGGGCGGCCAUCCUGCAGAACACAUCCUGCUUUGUGAUCGGGAUCAUGCCCCUGGUGUUUGUGCCUUCCAAUCUGACCUACACACUGUUCAAAUGCUCCCUUCUCACAGCAGGCUGCACCGUGCUGCACUGCUUCGUCAUCCUGCCCGUCUUCCUGACCUUCUUCCCGCCAUCCAAAAAGAGACACAAGAAAAAGAAACGGGCCAAGCGUAAAGAGCGGGAGAGGGAGAGGGAGCGGGAAAGGGAGAGGGAAAGAGAAGAAUUUGAAUUAGAGAAGAUAGAGUGCAUCGAAGUCAGGGAGAAUCCUGAUCAUGUGACAAAUGUCUGAGUAGUUUAAGCAGUGAAUUUCCGUGGGUAUCCGUCAGUUAUUGGUGGAUUAGAGGUGUUCUCUAACAGUGAGGUGCCUCUUGAGGUGUAGGGGAGUACAAGAUGUCCCCCUGAGGAGUGGGCACUGGUCACUCCCAAACAACAGCAGCUAAGCUGGCCAGAGUAGAGUGCAGCCCCACUGGUCAGUCAUUCAGUCCUUCAGUCUGGACAGUGUAUCUCAUUUGCACAAACUGCAACAUGCUCAUGGUUCUGAAGUUCUUUCCCAACUAUUUGGUAUUAAAAACAAGUUAGUUACCAGAACUUAUGCUUGCUAAAUCUGUAAGUAAAUUCUAAACAUACAGUACGUUAGUCCAUUUAAAUAUUAGCAAUUCAAUGUUCAUCUCCUGCAGCCCUUAUCUCAAAAGAAGUGAGUGAGGAGCAUAGCAGUCUGUUAAGCCAAGGACACUCAGACAGGUUGGUGAAAGUGGUCAGUGUGAUCAUACAAAAGUGUACAAAUUAAACUGUGCAGGAGAUGACUGUGCACGCACCUUACUCUUCACAUCUUGAUAACAGCAAAAAGAAACGAAACCAAAUUCUGUGGUAAGAGAGAAACUGUGGAAAGAAAGCACACCGCAUGCUUUUCUGUAACAUUAAAAAUAGCUGAACAGCUGAACUGGGCAGAUGGCAUACACUGUGUCCAUUAAGAAGAAUUAUCUUGCACAUUGCAUUAUGUGAAUAGAACUGCCUAGGUUUAUAGUAGCAGAAGGCAAAUAUUUCUGCUUUAUUCCAGAGGUCAUAUAAGGUCUUAGGCAAUGGCAAAAGGAACUGCAGUGGGCUGCAGCGUAUGAAGAGGAAGUGAUAAGUGACUGUCGUGCAGCAGUAUUUAAAAGGCAGUAAGCCUGACUAUGACUUAAAUAAAUCCUAAACUGCUUUUGCACCAGACCAGUAAAACCAAAAGUGAGGAGUGUUUCCAAGGCUUGAAACAUUGAACUUUCUAGCAGGUUGAUAACAAUGGAAAGUUUCUGUGAGAGUUUGAAUGUCUCUGUGAUCCACUUACAAAAGCUUACCGGCAUGGCACUGGUAAUUGGGAGGUCUGAAUGUGAUUCAAAACUAGUAGUGGUGCCAAAUAGUGUACAGAUUUUUUUUUUGUUUGACAGAUUUCUAUAAAAAAAGUCUCAGUAAGUUUGAACUUUCAUAUAAAUCAACCAUGAAUCAUGAAUUAUUCAAGCUAAUUUAAUGAUUACUAUUUGAUGUUGUUCAGGUUUGUGAAGCAGAUUAUGAAGCAGGCUUUAAAUUAAACAGUGAGGCACUUUUUGUAAAGUACGCUGUCUCUGAGUAAUGUGAAAAACUAUAGAGAGCCGAAGUCCAAAUAGAACUUCCUGGUUUGGUUCCAAAAUAAAGAAAAUCUCAAUUAGGGUUACACUGAGGUUUGUAAUAACCCUAUCUAUGCUACCUGUCCAGCACCAACAGAUAGACCAAGUUAGUGAGUAGUCAAAGACUAGUGCCAAAUGAAUGCUAACGUUUCUUUGUAUCUACUGGAUGUGUAAAUUGCUUGCGAACACUUUUGCCACAACACAUUUUUAAGGUGAUAAUUUGUCAGCUAACAAAUUGCUAAUAGCAAGUACUGUAAAAGACUCUUAUAAAGGCCAGUUAAAGCCACCCUCAAUGAGAGAUCCCAUUGAGAUACAGAAACAAGUGGAGCAUCUAGCCUGGAAGUGACAUUGAGACUUCGGCUCUCUAUUGGGAACAUUGCAAAAGUGAAGGUGCAGACCACUACUGCCACCUGUAGGCCUUGAGCUGGUCUUGUCCAUGUAGUAACUAAGUAUAUUUUGCCCUAAUACUUCAAAUAACAUUCCAUCAAAAACUCCACAAACACCCUUCAAUAUUCAGUCGUAGAAGUCCAAAAUGACUGUUGUCUCCCCAGAGGGUAAACAGUAUUAUCUAUGUGUGCCAAGGCCCGAUAAGAAUCUCUGUUGCAGUCCCUAAACAAACACUCAAGGUCAGCAGCCCUGACAGAUACCAAUCUCUCACUGACCCCUGGCAGGCAGCUCUUAGCUGGUGGUAUGUGAUAGAGAGGUCCCAUAUGUGAGCAGAUGUGGCUGAUUGCAGACCAGUCAAUACCUUCUUAGGGGAUUGGGUGGCGCAUAAGAGGCUGUCAUAGUGGGAACACUGCUGUCUGGUUUCUUUGUGCUGCCACUGCGAAAGUGAACGGCUCUCUCGCACAGGACAGCUAACCAGACAGCUGGGGGAAGAUUAGAAUGUUCAUAUUGGACCAAAUGACAGUGAGAAAUAUCGGUUGAUGUUUAACAAAGUAGUGUGUGAGGGUUAGAAUUGAGUAUCAAGCAAGAAAUCACUAGUUAUCAAAAAGGCUAUUAUAAACCCACUUCUGUGUAAAUUAACAGAGAACAAAUGAGACAAAGAUGGAAAAGAAUCAUCUCUUACCUGUCAUACCUUACCACAAACACAUUUCCUGCUUUUUGUGGAGUUAUAAAAUAAUCUUAAGUGCUGAAUUGUCAAUGAUAAAAACCUUAUAACUUUCAUCACCCAAACAUUGCCCUACUUAGAAAUGAGGAGUCCUUGGCAAGCUACUUCCUGCAGCAGCUGCAGUGAACGUCACAUUAUGUAAAAGCCAUGUCAUGUAUGUAUAGCAAGAAGGCAUGAAAUGUUUGAAACACGGGAAAGAAAUGCAAAUCUUAAAUAAUUUACUUCCCAAAAUGGACUGUGUUUGCAUGGCACUGUAUUGUAUGUAUGCAUGUAUUUAAUUUUUCUGUAUGAAGUCUGCGUAUUUUUUUUUAUUUUUGCUACGCUGUAGUGACUUAUGUUUGUUGUUUUGAUGCAUAUUCUGUAACACCAUGUGCUGCAAAAGAGCAAAUGAGUCAUAUCUGUUCCAAAACAAAAGCCAGAGGAUAUUUCAUGUGUAAAAUAACUGUAAAUUACUAUUUUCUAUAUUUUCUAAGAAAAAAAUAUACUAUAGAAAGAUUUUUAAUGACAGAAUUUUCUUAAAAAAUAAUAAAAAGGGAAAAAAGUUGAACACAGUAGGCCAGUAAUAAACAGUGGAAUGUUACCAGUAUACUAGAUCAUAUUCCUUGCACACUGCAGUGUCAAUGUUUGUGGAUGAUUCACAUUUUUAUAUGGGAAACUGUGGCCACCAUUUUAUUGUUUGUUUGUGUAUCUUGACUCAUUUAUAUUCUCCACUUUGCCCGCACAUUUAACAAAAUCCACCAUUACUCAACAGACCUUUUUUAAACAACUGAACAGUCUACCAGGCUUUGUAACGAUCACUUUUAACAAAAAUGUAGGUUAGAACUUUCCAGAAUAUAGAUGGACUCUCCAGUCUAUGUCUGAAAGACAUCUAUUACAGUUUGCUAUAUGGCAAGUUAAGCUUAUCAGCAAAGAUUUUAAUAUUAAGCAUUAUUGUUAGCUCAUUCCUAAAUAUAGGCUACUUGGUGUCCUCUUACGCAACCUGUCAUUGUUGCCUUGAAGGCUAUUGCUGUUAGCUAGCCACAUUCAGCUUUAUGCAAUUAGCAUAUAUCAACAUUACAAAUUAAUAUAAAUUCUUCUUCUAUGGCAACACACUAAGUCUUACCAAUGGAUUGCUGAAACAGCAUGUGAUAUCCAAUAUUUAAAACUCAUUUUCUUUUUUUUUCUUUUGACGAAAUCCAAGCUUAAAGUAUGAGCUUGGCGUCAUUUAACAUUUUUCCUAGUAUCGACCAAUCCUUUGAAAAGACCAAAACCAGCAAUGUGUUAGUCCAUGUCUCAACACUUCAACUUACCCUGUCUGUGGCACUCAGCCCCUAGACCAUUGGUUCCCUUCAUUAGUGGGCACCAGUGGGAACCAAGAACCAAAACCAUUGGUUCCAACUGAAGAAAUAUAUUGUUUUAAAAAGGCUAAAUAAUUUCCUAAAACAGUUGAGCACUUUAGUAUUAAAUGUUACUUGAACAGUGGUAAACUGUUUUUAUGGCAGCUCUAUGGUACAUAGGGAUUACAUCUAUCAUGCUCUGGAAACAGACAAUACUUGGUGAUCAAUUCAUUGGUGGUUUUAAUCUUUUGAUGGGAUUUGUUGACAGUAAAAUUCAACAUUGCCAGCCUCAUUAUUUAAAAAGUUAACUAGUCUGGUUUGCUUCAUAGCUAAAUUUGACGAGGUACCAGAUAUUCUUGAACUUGAUCCUUUUUGCUAUAAAAAGCUAAGCUUUGUAUGUUAUUCUCUCCAUAUUUUCCCCUUGAGAACAUGUCUCUGUGUACAAAUAUGGUUUGACUCAUAUGCAUUUGUAGCAAAAUUAGGCUGUUUGAGUCAAAUUUAUUCACCUGCUUUAUCAUCAUGUAAAGACGAACCAUUUGUAAAUGCAGCACUUCUUCUCAAAAACAGAUCAGUCAAUCAUACCUCUUCAAGUGUUGCACAUUUUCUAAUGUUACAAAUAAGCUCCGCUGGAUCCAUUCUGUAAGCUCCUGCUAUAGUGUGUUGUAGCCCUCUCUGUCUUCUAUUGGGAUAUCAUAACUGAAAUGUAUUUGAUACUGUGACAUUAUAGCUAAAAUAUCCAUAUGACAGAUGGGCCUCAAAUAGGAUGAGGUUGCCUCAGAAUCUAUUUUUCUCUAAACUAAUUAGUACAAUACGUGAGCAUCAAAAAGCAAAAAGAGUUCAAAUAGAAAUAAAUUUGCUAAUAUUUUUGGUUGUAUUCUGAAAGUCAAUAUUUGGGCAGGUAGAUAGGUGUACUGUACAGAGUCCUUUGACCAUGCACCAGCACAUUUUAAGUCUGGACAACCAGGGACAGCACAAUAUUUCCACAAUACAGGGCAAUAAAAUUAUGCAAUCGCCACUGUUUGCUGAAUAAUCUACAUGGCAGAUCUCUUUCGACCACAGUCUCAGAGGACAAAUUACUGUUUUACUGCAAGUCAUCUAUCUUGUAUGUCAACUAACUGAGCCAAAAAAAGAGGCUCAUGUUGCCCCCAUUCGUCAAACCCCUUAUUAAUGGCAUCUAGUUCAGAAUUUUUCAUAAGAUUUCAACAUUUUGCAGAAGGUAACAUGCUUAAAAGGAAGUGGGGUUAUUUUAGUAACUUCAGUCCCAUUUGAGUUCAGUUCCUGGUGAAACAAGCAAUGUUUGCUUCAUACACUGUUAAUACUGUAAGUCAUAAUACAGAAAUCUAUCUAUCGAUCUAUCUAUCUAUCUAUCUAUCUAUCUAUCUAUCUAUCUAUCUAUCAUGUUCAUAUGCUGAUUUUUUUCUUCAUUACUCAUUUGAAAUACUAUCAUAUGGCAAUACCUAUACCUAAAGUUAUUUUGUGCUAUUUCCCAAUCCUUGCCCAUACAACACUGCCUAACUCAUGCUCUUGUAUAACUUGCCUGAUUUGACCUGUGUGACCCAAACACCUGGAACAAGGAUAGCAUACUUGAGUAUAAUGUGUACAUGUAACUCUAGUAAGAGUACAUUCAGUUGCUUGUUCUUAAUAUUGUAACUAUGUAUUUGGAAGAUUCUAGUCAGUUUGAUUUCGCCAAAGUCUGAGCCUAUAUAUACUGUGUCUUAAAAGGGUAUACCACUCAGUUUAAGAAGGUACACAUGCUAUGUUGUCUUUAUGGAAAGUGCAGUCAAUCUUAUUAGCAUGGUCAGCUCUCCCUCAAACCAAAAAAUACAGCAAAAGGAUGUUUCCACAUUCAAUUGCUAAAAGUUUCACUGUGCUUAUUGAAAAUCUGAUUUUAAGGGCGGGGCCUACAAGCACAAUUUGUGACAUCACAAACAGUUUGGAAGUCAAACCUGGUCAAGUAUAGAAUUUGAUGUAGAAACUUGAAGCCACCAGUGCACAUCCACUGAAAAUGUACUUUACAGUAAAGUAGGAGAUGUCUUGUGGAGGAAUUAACAUUUACAAGGACAUUUAAAUACGUAAAUUAAACAGUUAAAAUAUCCAAGUGUCUUCUGCUGUCUGCUCAAAUUGUACCAUAUUACAGCUUUUCUCUGCAUCAAAGCACAAAUUUAACUGUUUUGGGUUUUUUUUGUCGGUCAGCAGCAGCAGUUCAAACUAUCUCUUUAGGUUUAAGAUUAGUCAGUAUCACAAUAAACCAAUCUAUGGACAAAAUUCAGACUGGUUUAACUUUACAGACUAGUCUUACAUAGAUACACAUACACAUACAUCUUGUGUUAAACAGAACAUGCGUCAGUUUUUAUUGCUUAUGUAUUCCAUGUUGUAAGAGGCUUCCUCUAAAAUGCUCUCCCUUUAAAUAUUACAAAAAUAUAAAAUAUAAAUUCUCCAGAUGUUCCUUGGAGGUAUUCCAAAAGAAACUACGCACUGAUCAUUAGUGAACUUUUCCCACUGGUUUCAUGAUCAUAGUCAUAAAGCAUUCAGAGACAUCCAUAUAAUUGCUGGAUGCAGAGUGAUGAAGUCAAAUUCCCAUAACCAGCAAAUAAUUGUUGGUGAUAGGAAUGUUCUUGAAAAUUGUUUUGAGGUGAAGAGAACCAUUACUUAUUUAAAUUUUUGUUUUUAGUUUUAUUCUUGGUUGCUAGAACAUUCUUUUAAAGCAAAAAUAUGUAGGCUAACUUCAUUACAAAGUGAGAAGAAUCAUAAAGUUGGCAAACUGACUCAAUGUUAUAAGGUAAACACAAUCUGUUAUUGGUAUUUGGACAACCAGAAGCUAUUGGUGUUAGCUGGUAGUGUAUUCAUCUGUGUGAAAAUGUGUUGUAUUCCUUAAACAUUUAAAUUUUCAUUAGUAAGAGUAAGAAUAUGUCUUUCUUUAGCUGAACAAUGGCUACAAUGUCCACAAAUGACAAAUGUGAGAUAAUGUUGAAUGCUAAAAUGUUUGCUAACAUUAGCUAACAUCUGCCACUAGAACCUCCUGGUUAUGCUGGAGCAGGAAAGGUGUACUGAACUAAGUUUUUUUUUUUUUUGAAGGUAGCAAGACGUUAACACAAGGGAACAUUAUGUACAGUAUUUACAGGAUGUAGAAUUAGAUUAAACUAUAAUUUUCCAUAGGUAAUCUACAGCAGAUGGUAACAUGUAGUCCAGAGUAGAACAACUCUGGUUCUACUGGCCCGCUCCAAACUUCACAUUGGCUUCAGUUCUGGUUUUGAGGUGGUUGUGAUCACAAAGACUGAUGUGUCUUUCUGUGCCUGACAAGAAUAGUUUCUCAAACUGUGUGGUAUUCCUCUUUUAAGUGUUGUAAGAACCUGGUAGCUUCAUGAGUUUGUGCUCUUCAUAUAAGCGGUGGCAUUGCCUUACAUGUUUUCCAGUAUUUGGGUACAGAUCUUAAUAUCUUUGAGGUGGAGUAUUUUUCUUACAUUGUGACUGAAAUAUAAAUGUGAAGUAUGUCUUUAGAAGCAGGUGUAAAGAUAACACUGUGAUGAGAUGACCAUGAUGUCUAAUAUUGUGUGUUGUUUGAAUAGGUGAGUGCAAGUGUACUGGGUUGGAGGGUAUUUGAUAUUGUUACAAUACUGUGGAAUUUAGGCUUUUCAAUGCUGUUCAUUCUUAAUGCCUUUCUCAUAACUUACAACAAUCGCUCACAAUCAACAUGAGGUUGUACCUGUGUUGUUGCUAUGAAUCUGAGAGAAGAGCAUGCAUGUUUGUGCCCAGAAAUUACAGUUUAGAUGUGGGGAUUCCCCUAAAGAAUGAACUGUAAUCCCCUCCUCACCACCUCUAGUUACUGUUAACACUUUCUAUGUCAUGUAAAUGCUAAUGUCCCUCAGCUGUUAGACCAGUGUACAGCUCUGCAUGGCGGUGUAUCUGUCACAAACACAUGUGCACACAUGUUGCCAAGGUAUACGUCCUCAAUGAAGAACAGGAAAUUACCAGCUGGGUCUUUGUGUUGCCUGUUUUUCUGGUCGCUGUUUUAGGUUUUGGCAGAGCUUGAACUCUGUUUUGCUAAUCUAUGCCUCUUACCGAGCAGCAGGAAGAUUUAACCUCAUUUGACUGAAGUGACAGAGAGAGAAAAACAGGGGGGGGAGGUUGAGAGAAAAGUGAGAGUAAAUGUAGGCAAGGAUGAGAGGAGUGUUAGAGGGAGGAAGAGAUAAAGAAAAAGGAUGCCAGCAAAACCGGAGGUAAGCCCUCAUUUGAAUUUGAGAAGAUUCCAGCAGCAGGGAUGAUGGGAAGUUUUCCGGUGAAGAGAGAUAUCGUAUGAAAUGGGGGGUGACUGCGGCACUGCGAGAAACGUUUGUGUUGAUGUAAUGAGUCUUACCGGCUUAUUUUACUUUGGAAAGUUGCUGCCUGUUGUGACAAAUGCAGAUUUGCUUGUUUCAGAGCAAUCAAUCUUAAAAAGGGCAGAUUUCUCCACUCCCAGUUCCUCAUGUUUUAAUGAACCUUUUAAAGGGGCACUCUGGCAUGUUAUUAUUGCCCUUCCAUAAAGGACAAGAGAAAGAAUGAUCAAAAUUAAUGCAACAGAGACCAAGGUAGCCUGAUUUUUAGUUCCUAUUAUGCAGGGCCGAAUUAACUCCCUAGGGGGCCCCUAUUGAGCCCCCCGACACCAACUUCCCCCCAGAAACCAGCCAGUAUUUCUACACUGGAAUAUAUAUCCUGCUGGAGGUUUGCUGUAUGUUACUUGUGAUCAUUUGCGCAAAGCAAGCACCAUUUAGUCGUAAUAUCAAAUGAAAUAUUAAAGGCCUUCUUCUCAUUUAGAGCAGCUUUGGUUAUUUGAGAGAUUUAUGUAUUUGUGUUUUUGUCUGCGAUGGUCUCACUGGUUUGAAGUGGGCAAGGCUCAGUUGGAGAAAUGGACCAAUCAGGAUUCAGGAUUCAAUAGUUAAGCAGCAGAGUUUAUGAAUGUAAAAUUUCUAAAUAUAAACUAAUGAAAAAAAAGACUUCAAAGGUACGUGGGACCCUCUUUAAAAUCACGCCUUAGGUGCAUAAAAUCAGAAGGAUUUUUACCAUUAAGGUUUUUAAUUGUGCUUUAAUUGGUGCAUAGUGCAGUUUGGGUCAAGCUACAAAAAUAGCCUAUACUUGCCAUAAUGAAACUUGAUGGCAUCUUUCAUUGCUCCCUCCAAAUUCACAGAAGACAUAAUGCAGCUGUUUUCACAUAGUGUUCUCCAUGACAAUUGGACUGAGCGUGAUGUGUAAAAUUGCUGGAUUGCUCCUUUAAACGUCAGUAAAUACAUGAUUUUAUUUAUUUAUUUUUUGCAAAAAGAAAACCCACAUUUGAUGUAAUAUUUGCCAAAUGUUUUAUAUAAAAGCAGAGGAGAAAGUAGAAAGACUACUGAGACUGAGUCCAGGCCUUAUACUGCAUGACACUGGAAGUUUUACUGUACACAGCGACAUCACAGUGGCUUUUUAUAAUCCCCCUAACGUUUUACUUCCUGAGCUGACGGAGACUGGCAGCAGGAGUGGCUGCUGUCGUGUUGUGCUCCGUUGCAGCGUUAUUGCGCCAAGCUGCCUUGGCCGGGGAUAUUUUUGGCUCCCACCUUGUCUUAAUCCUGUCGUGAUUCUCCGAUGGAUUAUUCAUGCUUCCUCUUCUCCUCUCCUCCCCAACCCAUCCCGCUCAUCCCACCUCCUUCCCCUCACACCCCACACCCCCUCUCUUUCUCACCUUCUCCCUCCUUCCUCUUUUUGCACUUUCCCGUCCUCUCCUCCUGAGCGGCUUCCUUUAACACCACCAGUUUUAUUUAUUUGUGUCAUUGUUGUGCGUGUGUGGUCCCAGCCUUUGAGUGUGUGCUCCCAGACUUUGGACCAAUCAGUUUUAUAAUUUAUUCAUUCAUUAUAUCUGAAGUUCUGCCCAUACCCUCCAAGUAUACAAAUAAAUAUAUUACUAAAUCUUUAAUCUUGUUAACACCACUGCCUACCUUUUAAUGUAUCCUUCCACUCUAUCCCCUUCAUUUAGAUUGCUUUGCUUCACAACCUAUUGAAGUAGUCUGAAUUCCCUGCUGAGGACUGCUGUGAUAAUUACUUACACAGAAUUUUCCUUUGCUCUUUUUCUCUCUCCACCUAAAAAGAAAUCCUGAAGACUUUUAGCAAUGAAUAGAGUUGAAACGUAUAUGAAUAUAUAUUUCAGAGAGACUGCCUUUGCUGAAUGUGAGAGUGCUCUGUGAAAUCUACUAAUGAUCUUAUUUACAGUCUGUGACUAUCACUGUGCGAGGUUGCUAACAACUGAUGAUAGAAAGCAAGUCAUUAGCAAAAAUAAAUAAAUAAAUAAUGGAAAUAAUGUUCAGUUUGUUAUCCAGGUUAAAUUGUUCUAUUUCUAUAUGAUAAGUUUAUCUUUAAGUUCAUUUAACUCAAUAAAUUGUUGAAACUGAUUACGUCAUCAAUUUUAAGUAAACCUAACUCAAUUUUGUAAGUUGAAAAAAUAUUCUUGAUCAAGUAACUGUAGUAAAUUUAAGUGACAAUUUUGUCAUUUUUAUUUGUUCUGUGAAAACAAAAUACCUAGGAAUUAGAACUAAAAGGAAUUUUCCUGUAACUUACAAAACUAAGUUUGAGUCACUUAUAAUUACUAAAAGCUGCAAAAACAUUUUGAGUUAAAAUAUCUUAAUGCAUUGCAGUGUCUUUAGAGUACGUCCACACUAAGCCGGCUAUACAUUUAAAAAUGAUGCAUUUUCUCUUCAUUUCGGCCCUCCACCCACACUAACGGGAGGCAUUUCAGUAACGUGUUUCUGUCAUCCGUUUCACGUGUGUCUGGCAGAACAGAUUCGCUCCACUGCGUAACAACUUAUGUUUCAUUCGUGCUUUAACCACUACUCAAAGCAUAUUUGGACUCAAGUCAAUUUUCUGUCAUUUUGCAAGCAUAACUACAGUGAUGGUGUGUUGAGCUCUGAGCCAAAUUGCGGGUGUCCUACACUCAAUACUGUACCUGAACGCCUCCUCUGUAGACACAGAUGGAACACUGAAGCUGCUGCUGUGUUUUUCUCACCCAGAAAGUUUUCAAAAUUGGUCUCCUGUAUGGAUCUGACACCGCCGGAGAGUUUUACUCCGUAGACGGCUUAAACAGAACUUUAAGGAAACAAUAAUGUAAGACUGGUUGGUGGCUGUGUGGUGGUAAAGUUAAGGCUUUUCCUUGCCUCUAACCCUCUGUGAUCACUCAUUUUUAAAGUAAACAUAGCUGAUUAAUCAAUACCGGUGUUGUCAUUAAUACGUAUUCAUGCUGAUUUUGUGAGACAACUUCACAAUGAUAAAAUUGUAAUUUGAUCCAAGCUUCAGCAGGAGUUACUGUCUGGUUAAUUGGUAGCUUUCAUAUGCAAAAGACUGAGCGUUCUGAUUAAUAAAUGGUGCUCAUGGAUUAAUAAUCUGUAAGGAGAAAAAUAUUUGCAUUGAGUUUCUCAGUCAGGUUACAGUAAGACUUCUGAUAUGGACCUUUGACCUACAAAAUAAAAGGCAUAGAGGGUUAGAUGGUAAGGUUUCAUGUAUUAUUUAUACCCACUGAAUGAAAGCAUAGAUUAAAAGUCUGUGUCAGAAAAAUGAGAUAGUAAAACAUGUGUCUUAGUAUUAGUGCAAUAAUAUUAUUGAAAGUCACUCAAAGCUGAGUAUAAAUUAAACAGUGUGCAGGACAAGUGAUAAAGGAUAUGCUAGGGGAAGUGUUUUGAGAUACAACUUGUGCUAUCUUGUGCUAUAUAACAUAUGGGAUAUUAUAGUAUGCUCAGUAUUCUUCUGACACCAGUUAUUAGUCUGUGCUUUUUAUCUAGCUGGUACGGCAAACUAAAUUCACAGCUUUCAUUCUGAAUGCCAUGCAUAUUUGGGAAUGUCCCCGAAGCUGUGCGUUCAUUUUAGCAAUCAUUCGCUCAGUUUAUCUAUCCCUACACACAGUUUUUCAUUCAGAUAUUGUUUUGCUCUGUACUUAUGACCAAGUAGCUGUUUUAUGUUCAUUCAGCUGUAGUACAGAAACAGAAGACUAUGGCCCUGUUCACACCUGGUAUUAGAAUGCGUCUCCACAUGUAUCUCUAGUGACCACUUGUGAUUGGAUCUCACCUCCCCGCUCAAUAAGCGAAUACCCAUAUACAUCAACAGUAGUACAGUAGUAGCCAACACUCCUGGACAAACAGACAAAAUACUUUUUCCAUAAAGAAAGAAAUAACUUAAUAUAUUAGGUUUGCCGAAUUUAGGUGGCCAAAAUAAUGAAGGAUUUGUCUUAGACUGAGUUUCUCCUAAUUAAAAUACCCACAAAAUUGCACAGUUGUUUAAAGCUUUCUCCACAGGUUACAGUGAUAACAUAACAACAUGACAAGCUGAAAAUGUUUAUUACAAGGAAAGACACAACUAAAUGUACUGCAUUUAAUGCCAAAUUCACAAGAAGGCCCAAAUGAUUAAGAAUUUGACGUUAGCCAUUUCACAAAGCUUAUAAAGUUACUCCUCAUUUAACAACUCUCAGAAUUACAUGUUUUUUAAAGGGAGUCUGGGGAUAAUGCCGUUCUUAGUUCAGUGGUGAAAUCAGUCUGCUGCUUAUCUUGGCAGGUAAGAGAGCCUAAACACAUCAUUUGUUGGACCAAAUGAAAAUCAGAGCAGUGGGUUUUGUAGGUUUUGUGUGUACUAACAGGAUGUCAGUAGUAGAAUAGGCAGUCCUUCAAAUGUGGCCCAGGACAGAUUCAAGUACACACUGCUAAAAGAAUGAGGCCAUAUUCAUCCCAGACCACUUUGGAAUGUGGUCUGAGCGAUCAGAUCUCAGUACAUCCUCCUGUACUCAGAGCUGUUUGCUUUUGAUCAGAUCAACUGCAUGUUAAUACCAGGUGUAAACCAGGCCUAUGUGAUUAGAACAAUAUAGUGUAUCUGUGUCUCCUUCACUGUGAAUCACAGUCAACUGUCUUCAUUAACACAAACUCAUGAGUUUUGAACUUAAUUAAUGGUAUUAAUGAAAUUUGAAGAACUUGAACAUGAAUCUUUACGUUAGGAAAAACGGUUAAUACUUUUUUUUUUUUCAAUUGUAACUAUUUAAUUUUCAAGUACCAAAAUAAUGAAUCUGGUUCAGCUCAUUGUACAAUUUGUGAAAUACAGAAUUUUUUGUUUCCUUUAGUUUAUUUCAAAACUUAAAAGUUUGAGUUAGACUUAAAACUUGAAUGAAGACAGUUGCCUUGAAAUUCUGAGUUCUCUCAGCUUUUCUUUUCGACAGUGUAUGUUGCGUAUGUAUUGUCUCUGUAACAGAAGUUGAACAAAGUCUGAAAUAAACACACACGAUAUCCAGUGAGGAUUAGAUGACAUUGUAUACAUUACUCCAGCUUGUGUAUAUUUUUGUGAUGUGUGUGUCGCAGAACCCAUCUUGCCUCUCAGAUGUCAGCUAUGUGAAAUAUCUUCACAGUGGCAGCAAAUGAAGCAGUCUUCCAUAAAUGCAGACAUCUAGGUGAUAAAUUAUCAGCAGUAAAGACCUCUUGGACAUCCUAUCACUUAGCCAUAUCUGCUGAUAAAAAAGAGGAAAAAAAACAGUCAGACGGUCAGGCUGAAAUGGGUGAAAAUAUUACCCCGAAUCCUUUUUUUUCUAAAGCUUUUCACAGUGAUCAAUUGAGCUCACCAAGCACAUUGCAACAGCUUCCUGACAGCCCAGUUUCUGCACUGCUCUGGACGUACAUGUGUAAGGAUUUUGGAUAGAAUUUGAGCCCAGGCUUGCAUACUGUAUACAUUUCUCUUGUAGCGAGGAGCAGAACAACACCACCGAUCAGACCAGCCAAAAGUAGAACCAUAGUGAGUCGAUGAUGUACGGGAAUGUCUCAGUUUCAAUUUAUUAGAAGACGUAUGCUUUUGAAUGCUCUGAAUAUUUUAAAUGUAAACUCUUUUCUACUGCCUGCUCUCUUAAAGCUAUAAAUAGUAUGCAUAUGAUCAAUCUUUUUUACUUGACAGAAAAAAAACAUGAUUUUCAUUAAAAGAGCUUUUGUCUAUGAAAACA